UUGUCUCUGUAUUCUUUAUAUGAUCCUUUUUAUUUAUUUUUUAUAUAAUCUUUUUAAAACAAAAGUAGAGGGGGCCUGGGUGGCUCACUUGGAUUCGAUUCUUGAUUUUGGGCUCAGAAUUGACCCCUGCACUGAGCGUGGAACCUGCUUAAGUGUCUCUCUCUCCCCCUCUGCUUCCCUCCCCAGCUCACGUGUGCUCGCUCUCUCUUUAAAAAAAAAAAACAACAACAACAAAAAACACAUUAAAGUAGAUAGAAGAGAACCCUAGAUUUUUCUCUUAAUCUCCAUAUUGAACCAGUUCUUUAAGCCAAAGUUUGUUUGACGCUAAUCUACCUCUGCUCCCAUCUUUCCUUCAACACUUCUGCAGCUUUAAUUUCCUUAUAUCUGGAGUAAUAAUCUCUUUUAAUCAUUCAUCCUUCCUCUGGGUCUGCAUUUCAGAUCCAUCUGUGACCUAUAUAUCUGAUCAUGUCAUUCUUCUCUACAGAGUUUUUCAGUGACUUAUUGCCCAUAGUUCCUGGAAGCAGGCUUGGGGAUGAUUAGGGCAGGGAAUUUUCUGGGUCUUAGGUACCCAUGAAUGGAUCUAAAAGGGAAGUUGGGAUGUGUGCAGGCUCCAGGUGACCACCUCCCCCUGACUCUGCGGACUCCACAUAAUGGGAGAGGGUUAGGGCAGGGACCCCCUUAAGUGUCAGGUCUGGGCCCUGGUGGUCUAGGUUUAUAGGAAGAGCAUGCUGUUGCUGUGUAAACUUUUGCUGGCAACAAGGAUCAAAGCUGGGAGACCAUUUAGGAGCCUUAUUGCAGUAAUCCAGGUGAGACUUGAUUGUGACUUGGACCAGGGUGAAGAGCAGUAGAGGUAAUAAAUUGUCGGGUUCUCAAUAUAUUUUUAAGAUAGAGCCAACCAUUUUUUCCUGAAGGAUUGGUGUAGGGAGAGAGAAAAAGGAGCCAAGGAUGAGAUAUUUAGCUUCAGUACGUGGAAGGAUUUAGGAUAAUGAAGCAUAUUAAUCUUUGAUGUCUUAAUUUUGCCAUUAGCAACUACUGUUGAAUGCUAGGAGUUCUAAUAAAAUACUGUAUUUGAACAGAUUCUGGACCUCAGGAAAUUUUGAAGGAAGAGAAAUAAACUUGAAAUAUGAGCCUGAAGGGGUGUCUGGGUGGUUCAGACGGUUAAGUGUCCAACUCUUGAUUUUGGCUUAGGUCAUGGUCUCACAAUUUAUGAGUUCGAGCCCUGCAUCAGGCUCUGCACUGACAGUGUGGAGCCUGCUUGGGAUUCUCCCUCUCUCUCUGCCCCUAUCCCACUUGUGCUUGUUUACUUAUUUAUAAAUAAAUAAACUUCAAAAAUUUUAAGAAAAAAUGUGUGCCUGAAAUGUGUACACAUGUGAGUGUUGGGACUGGUCAGCCUUAAGUCCAUAUUCACGAUACACCCUACAUUUGAAAGUUAAGAAAUGAAGGGGGAGAGGCUCUCUGAUUGCUAGGAGAUUUUACUAAAAAAAAAAAAAAAAAAAAAAAAAAAAAAAAUUGGUGAGAAGGAACCAAAAAUCAACUUCACCUUUGCAGCUUUCUUAGAUGCCUGGAGGUGGCACCUAAGUACCAUUGAAAUUCAUAUUGCUGUCCUAAAAAAAUGUAUUUUUUAUUUAUCUUUUCAAAUUUAUAUUAAAAUCCUAGUUAGUUAACAUAGUGUAAUAUUGUUUUCAGGAGUAGGAUUUAGUGAUUCAUCACUUACGUAUAACACCCAGUGCUCAACACAAGUGCCCUCCUUAAUCUCCAUCACCCAUUUAGCCCAUUACCCACCCAUGUCCCCUCCAGCAACCCUCAGUUUGUUGUCUGUAAUUUAAAGAAUCUCUUACCAUCUGCUUCCCUCUCUUUUUUUUUCCCCCUUCUCCUAUAUUCAUCUGUUUUGUUUAUUAAAUUCCACAUACAAGUGAAAUCCUAUGGUAUUUGUCUUUCACUGACUGACUUCUUUCACUGAGCAUAACACAGUCUAGCUAUAUCCAUGCUAUUGGAAAUUCCAAGAUUUCAUUCUUUUUUUUUUAAGAGAGAGAGAGAGAGAGAGAGAGCACACGCACACACACACAAAUGGGGAUGAGGUAGAGAGUAUCUUAAGCAGGCUCCACGCUCAGCUCAGAGCCCAACUCAGGGCUCCAUCUCACAUGAGACCGUGAGAUCAUGACCUGAGCCAAAAUCAAGAGUUGGACAUUUGGGGUGCUUGGGCGGCUCAAUCAGUUAAGCAUCUGACUCUUGAAUUCAGCUCAGAUCAUUAUCUUACUCAUGAGAUUGAGCCCUGAGUCAGGCUCCAAGGGAUCCUGUUUGGGAUUCUCUCUCCCCCUCUCUCUCUGUCCCUGCCCUGCUGUGUUCUCUGUCUCUGUCUGUCUCUCUCAAAAUAAAUAAAUAAACAUUAAAAAAAAAAAAGAGUUGGAUUCUUAACCAGCUGAGCCACCCAGGUGCCCCAAGAUCUCAUUCUUUUUGAUGGCUCAGUAAUAUUCCAUUGUUACCUAUACCCCACAUCUUCAUUAUUCAUUCAUCAGUUGUUGGACAUUUGGGCUCUUUCCACAAUUUGGCUAUUGUUGAUAAUGCUGCUAUUAACAUUGGAGUGCACAUACCUCUUUGAACCACUAUUUUUGUAUCCUUUGUAUUUACUAGGUAAAUACCUAGUAAUGCAAUUGCUGGAUCAUAGGGUAGUUCUAUUUUUAACUUUUUGAAGAACCUCCAUACUGUUUUCCAGAGUGGCUGAACCAAUUUGCAUUCCUGCCAACAGGGCGAGAAAGCUCCCCUUUCUCCACAUUUUCACCAACACGUGUUGUUUCCUGUGUUGUUAAUUUUAGCCAUCCUGGCAGUUUUCAGAUGUUUCAAGUAUCGUGAACAGAGACUUGUUUGGAUUAUGUGUUUCUCAGCUAGACUGAAUAAAUGUUAACAAUGGAUAAGUGCAAACACAUUGGGCAGUUGCGGCUUGCUCAAGACCAUUCCAUCCUCAACCCUCAGAAAUGGCAUUGUGUGGACUGCAAUACAACUGAGUCGAUUUGGGCUUGCCUUAGCUGUUCUCAUGUUGCCUGUGGAAGAUAUAUUGAAGAACAUGCAGUCAGGCACUUUCAAGAUAGCAGUCAUCCUGUUGCCUUGGAGGUGAAUGAGAUGUAUGUUUUUUGUUACCUUUGUGAUGAUUAUGUUCUUAAUGAUAAUGCUACUGGAGACCUGAAGUUACUACGAAGUACCUUAAGUGCAAUCAAAAGUCAAAAUUAUCAGUGCACGACUCGUAGUGGAAGGGUUUUGCAGUCUGUGGGUACAAGUGAUGAUACUUAUUACUUACACGAUAGCACCCAAUCUCUGCUUCAAAAUGAAGAUCAAAUGUAUACUGCUCUUUGGCAUAGAAGAAGAAUAUUAAUGGGUAAAAUCUUUCGAACUUGGUUUGAACAAUCACCCAUUGGAAGAAAAAGACAAGAGGAACAAUUUCAGGAAAAAAUAGCAAAAAGAGAAGUGAAGAAAAGACGACAAGAAUUAGAGUAUCAAGUUAAAACAGAAUUGGAAAGUAUACAUCCAAGAAAGAGUUUACGUUUGCAAGGUCUAGCUCAGUCUACCACAGUAGAAAUAGUUCCUGUUCAAGUACCACUGCAAACCCCAGCAUCACCAGCAAAAGAUAAAGUAGUACCUACCUCAGAAGAUGUGAAAUUAAAAAAAGCCAAUGACUCCUCAGGUAAACAAAGGCCAAUAGUAACUCCUGGUGUAACUGGAUUGAGAAAUUUGGGAAAUACUUGCUAUAUGAAUUCUGUUCUUCAAGUGUUGAGUCAUUUACUUAUUUUUCGGCAAUGUUUUUUAAAACUUGAUCUGAACCGAUGGCUGGCAGUGACAGCUAGUGAUAAGACAAGAUCACCUUAUAAGCAUCCACCAGUCACAGAUACAGUAUAUCAAAUGAAUGAAUGCCAAGAAAAAGAUACAGGCUGUGUUCCCUCCAGACAUCCAAGUUUAUCAUUAGGACUAAGUGGUGGAGCAUCAAAGAGUAGAAAGAUGGAACUUAUUCAGCCAAAGGAACCAAGUUCACAAUACAUUUCUCUUUGUCAUGAAUUGCAUACUUUGUUCCAAGUCAUGUGGUCUGGAAAGUGGGCCUUAGUCUCACCAUUUGCUAUGCUACACUCGGUGUGGAGACUAAUUCCAGCUUUUCGUGGUUAUGCCCAACAGGAUGCUCAGGAAUUUCUCUGUGAACUUUUGGAUAAAAUACAACAUGAACUAGAGACAACUGGUACUAGGUUACCAGCUCUUAUCCCCACUUCUCAAAGGAAACUUAUCAAACAGGUUCUGAAUGUUGUGAAUAAUAUUUUUCAUGGACAACUACUUAGUCAGGUUACAUGUGUUGCAUGUGACAACAAAUCAAAUACCAUAGAACCUUUCUGGGACUUGUCAUUGGAAUUUCCAGAAAGAUACCAAUGCAGUGGAAAAGAUAUUACUUCCCAGCCAUGUCUGGUUACUGAAAUGUUGGCCAAAUUCACAGAAACUGAAGCUUUAGAAGGAAAAAUCUACGUAUGUGACCAGUGUAACUCAAAACGUAGAAGGUUUUCCUCAAAAUCAGUUGUACUCACAGAAGCACGAAAACAGCUUAUGGUUUGUCACCUACCUCAGGUUCUCAGACUACAUCUCAAACGAUUCAGGUGGUCAGGACGUAAUAACCGAGAGAAAAUUGGUGUUCAUGUUGGCUUUGAAGAAAUCUUAAACAUGGAGCCUUAUUGCUGCAGGGAAUCCCUGAAAUCCCUCAGACCAGAAUGUUUUAUCUAUGACUUAUCUGCUGUAGUAAUGCACCAUGGGAAAGGAUUUGGCUCAGGACACUACACUGCCUACUGCUAUAAUUCUGAAGGAGGGUUCUGGGUACACUGCAAUGAUUCCAAGCUAAGCAUGUGCACUAUGGAUGAAGUAUGCAAGGCCCAAGCUUAUAUCUUGUUUUAUACCCAGCGAGUUACUGAGAAUGGACAUUCUAAACUCUUGCCUCCAGAACUCCUGUCUGGUAGCCAACAUCCCAAUGAAGAAGCUGAUACCUCUUCUAAUGAAAUCCUUAGCUGAUCCAAAGACAGUGGGGCUUUCUUCUUGUGAUUUUAUAUAUACUUUUUAAAAGGGCUUACAAUUUUGAGCUUCAUUGUUUUAAUUUUUUACUUAGGAAUCAGUGCACAGUUUAUACAUUUUGUAUCCACAACAAAACUGUUUUUACAGAGACAAAAUUAGCAUAAACAUGUAUAUCAAUAACAGCAGGUAACUAAACUUUUCUCAAGUACUUGGGAGUUUUAAACUUUCAGUGUUUACUUCAUACUGGCAUUACUUCUUUUAUAUUUUCAUGUCUUAAUUGGCUCAGAUCAUGAAUUUGUGCAAUCUUUUACUGAAGUUCAGGUGGCAUCAUUUUAUACAUUUUUUAUUUAGCUUUUGUAGGUAUUUUCUAUACAAAUUCGUAUUAGGUGGAAAUUAGAUAGUCUUCACUAAUGAUAUUACCAAAAAAGAAAAAAUUUCUUUCAGGCCAUUUGCAUAGUGAAGUUACCUUUGCCCCUUGACGGCAGUUAAACUACUACAUUCACUGUGAAAUACCAAGGUAUUACCUAAAUACUCAUCAGUCACACUAAUUGAUACUCCUGAGGCUUUGUGUGUUACAGGACUCAGAACAAACAUUCCUUUGAUUAAAGGAACUUCAUUUUUUUCAAAACUGAAUUAAGUUUUAAUAAUUGUUCUUUAUUUGGCAUAGUCAAACUUCAUACAAAUGAAAAUGACAGCUUUAUAAAUAGUAUAUUUAAAUUACUUCAGUACUGUGGACAUGAAAACAAUGAUGGCUCGGACUUAUAAUGAUUUGUUUGGCAGCAAACAGGUUUGUCCAGAUUCUAAUAAAGCAGUCUUAUCAAAAAUCUGAAUUCAGCAGUGUAUUAUGGUAAGCAAGUACAGUUUAACUUGGAUAUGAGGUUUUUUUGUAUGUUUAACAUUAGAUCUCUUAAAAGCUUUGUACUGUAUCAUAUCUUGAGAUUUUUAAAGGAAAAAAAUAAGUCUUCUUUAAGAGAAAAAAUUGCUUAGGACAGAGAAGAUAAUUGUUCAAAAUUGGCAACUGGGCAAUAUAUUCAGCAUCUCAUUUUUUCUAAAUAAUUUUUCUAAAUCUCAUUUUCUAAAUAGGCUUGGAUUACUCACUCUUGCUCCGAUUAUGUGAAGACUAGGAACCUCAGAUGUUCAAAUACUUGGCCCUUUUAAAAAAACUAUCUAAACUUCCAUUUUAUUAUAAAUAUGUUAUGAAAUACUCUUUGCUCUUCCCAAAUAAUCUUACUAGAUCUCUUUAAAUUCCUACUGCUGCUAAUUUAUCAUCCACUAACCUCUAUAGAUCAGCUAUUUCACACUUAGCUCAGUGUUAACCCCUGGAAGAUCAUUUAUUCUUUUUAGGUUUGCUUGUAGGUUGAAAUCUUCAUGAAAGAUAAUACCCUAUAGAAUGCUGUUUUUUGCCAGUGUUCAUCUAUUAAGUAUAAGCUUGAAAAGGACCUCUAUUAGCAAAUUUUCCUUAAAUUUCAGAGAGCAAGUUGCUGGGGCAGCUGAUCAUGAAGUGCAAUGAGAAUUUAUCACUGAACAGACAAGUCAUUUAUGCCAAAAUACAGCCUGAGUAUUAAAUGGCUAAAGUUUAAAAUCUUUCACUUAAUUACCUAUGCAAGUUGUUACCUCAACUGUUAAUGUAAUUAUACCUCAUUAAAGAUUUAUGUGGUCAAGA